AUGGUGGAAUUGGGAUUGUUAUCCGGAACCAAAUCUACGAAGCCAGUGCAUGUGAGUUUCAGAAUACCAUAUUAUACUCACUGGGGCCAGAGCCUGCUCGUAUGCGGCUCUGAACCGGUGCUUGGUUCAUGGAAUCUGAAGAAGGGUCUGUUAUUGAGCCCUGUUCAUCAUGGGGAUGAGCUCAUAUGGUUUGGGACUGUCCCUGUUCCGAAGGGAUUCAAAUGUGAGUACAGCUACUAUGUGGUGGAUGAUAAUAGAAAUGUUUUGAGAUGGGAGAUGGGAGAGAAGCGUAAAGUGUUAUUGCCUGAGGGGAUCCAAGAUGGAGAGGUGGUGGAGCUCCAUGACCUUUGGCAGGUUGGUUCCGAUGCACUUCCUCUUAAAAGUGCCUUUAAAGACGUCAUUUUUCAUCGGAAGCUGAGUUUGGACAUUGAGACACCUCUAGGAGUCAUUCGGAGUACAUUGGACCAGGAAGAUUCUGUUCUUGUCCAUUUCAAAAUUAGCUGUCCAAAUAUAGAGGAAGAAACAUCGAUUUACAUUAUUGGUAAUACCUUAAAGUUGGGACAAUGGAAUGUUCAGAAUGGGCUUAAACUAAGCUAUUCUGGUGAAUCAAUUUGGCAUGCUGACUGUGUGUUGCCGAAGGCUAUUGUUAGACCCUAUCUCGCUCCAUUCCUUAACGAAUGUUCUACAUAUAAGUACUGUAAAUAUGGCAAAAGAGGAAUCUUUUCUCCAGAAACUGGUCCAAACCGUGACAUCGUGCUUGACUCCUCAAAUACUCAACCAAGAUACAUUUUCCUUUCAGAUGGCAUGUUGCGAGAAAUUCCUUGGAGGGGUGCUGGUGUUGCUAUCCCAAUGUUUUCUGUUAGAUCAGAAGCUGAUCUUGGAGUUGGAGAGUUUCUUGACCUGAAAUUAUUUGUUGACUGGGCUGCAGAGUCUGGCUUUCAUUUGGUUCAGCUUUUACCCAUUAAUGAUACAUCUGUGCAUGGAAUGUGGUGGGAUUCAUAUCCCUACAGCUCACUUUCUGUAUUUGCAUUGCAUCCUUUAUACCUGAGAGUACAGGCACUUUCAGAAAAUAUACCCGAGGAUAUCAAGAAGGCAAAAGAACAAUUGGAUGGCAAGAAUGUUGAUUAUGAGGCUUCUUUGUCUACUAAACUUUCAAUCGCAAAGAAAAUUUUUGCCCAAGAGAAGGAUUUGAUUCUUAACUCCAGUUCCUUCCAGAAAUUUUUUUCUGAGAAUCAGCUGUCAGAAGCUGCAGAUUAUGCAAGAAAGAAAGGAGUAAUAUUGAAAGGAGACCUACCUAUUGGCGUUGACAGAAACAGUGUGGAUACCUGGGUCUAUCCAAAUCUGUUUCGCAUGAACACAUCUACUGGAGCUCCUCCAGAUUAUUUUGAUAAAAAUGGGCAGAAUUGGGGUUUCCCGACCUACAAUUGGGAGGAGAUGUCGAAAGACAACUACGCAUGGUGGCGUACUCGUUUGACACAGAUGGCAAAAUACUUUACCGCUUACAGGAUUGAUCAUAUAUUGGGGUUCUUUCGUAUCUGGGAGCUCCCAGAACAUGCUAUGACUGGUCUUGUUGGAAAAUUUCGACCUUCCAUACCUCUAAGCCAGGAAGAACUUGAAAAAGAGGGCAUUUGGGAUUUUGAUCGUUUGACUCACCCAUAUAUUCUACAGAAAUUUUUACAGGAUAAGUUUGGAUCUUCAUGGACAUUUAUUGCCUCAAAUUUUCUGAACGAAUAUCAGAAGAACCGCUAUGAGUUUAAGGAGGACUGCAACACUGAGAAAAAAAUUGCUUCCAAGCUGAAGUCAUUUCCGGAAAGGUCUCUGUUGCAGGAUGAAGACAAGAUACGGCGUGAGCUCUUUGAUCUUGUACAGAAUAUAGUUCUCAUACGAGAUCCAGAAAAUCCAAGGAACUUCUAUCCUCGUUUCAAUCUUGAAGACACACCAAGUUUUAAGGAUUUGGAUGACCACAGAAAAUCUUUGGCAGCAAAAUGCAUUGAAACACUGCCUGCUCUGCUAAACUCAUCAGAUAUGCUAGCGUGUGGAGAAGAUCUGGGGCUUAUUCCUUCUUGUGUUCAUCCUGUGAUGCAAGAACUAGGAUUAAUAGGUUUACGCAUUCAGCGUAUGCCCAGUGAACCUGAUCUGGAGUUUGGUAUUCCUUCUCAAUACAGCUAUAUGACGGUGUGUGCUCCAUCAUGCCAUGACUGCUCAACCUUGCGUGCUUGGUGGGAAGAAGAUGAAGAAAGAAGGCAGAGAUAUUUUAAGAAUGUGGUGGGGUCUGACACGUCGCCUCCUGCUCGCUGUGUUCCAGAUAUUGCACAUUUCAUCAUAAGGGAACAUGUUGAAUCUCCAUCAAUGUGGGCAAUUUUCCCUCUUCAGGAUUUGUUAGCGUUGAAAGAAGAAUACACAACACGACCUGCAACAGAGGAGACGAUCAAUGACCCCACAAAUCCAAAGCACUAUUGGAGAUACCGCGUGCAUGUCACGGUGGAGGCUUUGAUAAAGGAUAAGGAACUUGUAACGAUCAUCAAAGAUCUUGUAAGUGGGAGUGGAAGAUCACAUCCAGGGGGCCAAGCUGAAAGACAGGCGAGCCACAAAUCAGCAGUGGCAACCACAGAGAAGCAACAAAUUGCCAGCAGCAAGGAUAAGGUUCACUUGGCAACUCCGCUAAACUCCGUUGCACAGGAGACUCUGGCAGUUCGCUGA